CAUGGCCAAGCGCAACCUUUCCUUGACCGUCGCACCGCUGACGCUGGUGCCCCCGACCGCGGCCCACAACCUCAAGCCCAAGGCAAACACCAAGCCCGCGGGCCUGACCCUCAACUUGGCUGCCAUGAACCGCUCGCACAGCAUGAGCGACCUCAGCUCCGGCACCGCUUCCAUCGAAGCCUCCCCCACCAUGACUAGCUCCCACAGCUCCUCCAGCCUCUCCUCCCGCCGUGGCUUUGGCCCCCUCAGCGUCAACACCAUCAAGACCCGCCAAGUCGUCAACGACGAAGACCUGCGCGAAGAAGCCUGGACUCCGGAAGAACUCGAUUUCCUCUUCGAGUCCCACACCCCCGACCUUUCCCCUUGAGGCUGGUUCAGUCCAGACCUCUUCAAAUGGCGCUCCCGCCUCCUUCUUCCCAUUGAGCUAUGCCUAUCUCCUUGAGUUGUGCACCUUUGACCGUGUGUCAAAGCCUGAUAUUCUAUACCUUUGACUUGAUUUGAUUUUUUUUUUUUCCUCUUUUUACUUUAAAAAUCUUUAUUAUGCCUGCUUUGCCAGAGGUACGCGGCAAGGAUGAAUGGCCUUGUUUAUAAAUGUGACUGCUGCCAUCCCCGCCCCUCGGCUUCAGCGUGUUUAUUCUUGUUAACCGACAAUGAUUGCCUUCAUGAUGAUAAAAACCUUCUUCCUCGUCUGACUGACCAACUGAUUGACUUGUG